AUGGCCCAAUUCAACAAGGUCAAUGCCGCGAUCUGGAAAUUCUGUUCAGCUGGGUGCGAACGCGCAGCCCUGUGGGGCACCGCCCUCCCGCCCAUCGUCUGGGCGAUCGUCUUCCGGCACGAGGACCACGAGAGAAAGGCUAAGGCCCUGUCGGUGCCCGCGCAAGGAAAGGCAGCGGAUCGGCUGCUUGCGCAGGCCUCGGCCACCCUGGAGCGCAAGGAACUUUUGCUCCGGACCUGUGCCCGGCGCGUUACCAACGAGGGCCAGCGCCGCUGCGUGCUUGCGACCCAGAACUCGCUCCUCACCCUGUGCCGCGGGCCGCCUGGCACAGGCAAGACCAUGGUCGCGGCCUGCAUCGCGGUCGCCUACAUGUCGUGCCUUGCCCCGGGAUGGGGCGUGGGGUGCUUCGGCGGCACCGGCGGCUCCAUGGGCGCCCUGGCGGAGCUGAUCGGGGAAAACUUGGCGCCGAGCUGCCGCGACCUGUUCCCGCGCCUGGCCGUCCGCCUCGCACGCGAGGACAAGGCGAGGGGCAGCGCCGCCAAGAAGAUCACCCCGGUCGCAAAGUUUGCCGCCGCGCACAACAUCCCGGGAGGUGACGUCACAACCACGGACCACGCACGCGGGUUCCAUAAGUUCCAGACUGAGAUCGCAACCGAGGCGAAGCUCAUCCUGGCCGCGCGCCAGGCCGGGGCCGACCACUGGGACAAGAAGUUCCUCAUCUGCCUCCUGGGCGAAGCGGGUCAGACGUCCGAGCCCAUGGCCAUCAUGGCCCUGGUCCACGCCGCCCGGUGCGGGGCCAGAGUCGUGCUCUUCG